AUGAAGUCUUUGAUAGACAAAAUUCAAUGUAACUAUGACGAUGUAAGGGACAAGAACGAAACCACUAUCCUCAACAAGUACGCGAACAAGGCGAAACGUUAUACCGUUAUGUUGACAGAGACGCAUCAAUACUUAAUUCUGCUGCAUGGGAAUGUGGCCUUUUGUAUAGCCUGCUUCGUGUUGCUUAGCACUGGAACCAUACUGUUAUCAUACGGUCAACAUAUCUGCGGGAUGUUUAAAAUUGCCAGUUAUCGCAUCCAAAAUGCAAUAAAGCCUGCAGGACUGCGACUUACUAAUCCACUGAACGAGAAUUCAAUUUACGAAAAGUUAAUUUACGCAGUAGAUGUUCAUCGCAAAACUCUGCAGUUGAUUUUCCUAAUGUUGUCUUCCGCCAACGUUGAACUAGUGAUUCAAUUGAUUCUCUUGAUUUCUCAGUAUCUAUAUAUGUUCUGGGGCAACUAUGUCGCUCAACAAGUCGCGGAUCAUAAUAAUUACAUGUUUAUCACCGUAUACAAUAUACAGUGGUACAUGGCUUCUUUACAAGUCCAGAAAAUGAUACUAUUCAUGCUGCAGAAGGGCACAAAGGCUUAUUAUCUGCAGCUUGGAAAUAUUUUCGUAGGAUCUUUAGAAGGUUUCGCAUCGUUGCUGAGCGCCACGAUAUCUUACUUCACUGUUAUUUAUUCAACGCGACAAUAA